UCCCACCAAUAACAAAAAAACCUAAUGAAUAAUUCAUAAACAGCGAAAUUUUAGGAAAAUUUUAUUAUUAAAUUUUUCAAUCAAGUCAUCAAAACAAAAAACAUGGCCGAUGCUGUUGCACGUCGAGAAGCUCGACGAAAAAGAAUAUUAGAAAAUGCAUCAAGUCGAUUAGAAAAAAUUACUGGUAGAAAAGAAGACAUAUCAUUAGAUUAUAACAUUCAGAGCAAUAUUGAUACCUCAAAAGUUGUGGAUAAUGAUCAUGUGACGAAUGGUUGUGUUCCAACUGUGUCUGUAGAAGAAUUUUCAUCAAUUUUACGUGGACGAGCUCCUAUAAACCACCAAAACCAAAGCCAAACACAAUCAGAACCAACUCUACCUUCCAAGAAUGAUUUGUCAGGCGAACCAGAUGUGCAUAGUUCGUUCGUAAACAACACACAAAAUAAAAAAAUAAAAAGCUUUCUAUAUUCUAAAACAAAUAUUUUAACAAAUAAGUUAUUAAUCGUAUUCCUAGCGAUUGCUGUAAGGUGUUUACAUUCAUGUCAAAUGACAGAAAUGUUUUCGAAUAUGAUUUUUCUUCCAUUAAUUUUAUUAGAAAUAAUUAUAUGCAUAAUAUCACCCGCACAAGAAUCUUUAGGCAUGCUUGGCGCGGCACUAAUGUUAAGUGGCUUGUCACCAAAUAUUACCAAUUCAUUAUCCCUUGGUAUUUCAACGUUGAAAAAAUUGUUUUUAGAUUUUAGUAUAUUUUUAUUUACAUUUGUUUUAACACAUAUCGCGUUUUUGAGCGUAGAUAUAUUAAUUGGUGAUACUAAAUAAAUAUUUUUUAAUGUA